CCGGGUUCCAUGCGAGCUAACGAUGAACUCCUAAACAGGCGAGAGAGUACAUCUUCGCCUGCAGCUCAACACUGGACAGAAAAUGCUGUAGUUUCGAUCUGAAAUCGCGGAUAAAGUGGGCAGACGUUACCGAAAAAGGCACUCCCACACUUCUAUCGUAUAGCGGCCGGGUGUUUACAUUAUCAGAAGUACUUUGCAGCUAAUUAGCGGACGGUGCUGACACUGACAGCUGGCCCAGGAAUACACUUUUCUGCUAGCUAUCUUUCUUCAGCUAACUUCUGCUAGUACUGCUAGCUAACUUUAGCUGCGACUGGCUAGUUUUGCUACCUAACUUCUGCUAGCCGACUUUAACCAACUUUAGCUACUGUUUCUAGCCAACUUAAGCAAGUGUUGCUGGAUAACUUUAGCUAGCAGGUAGCAACUUGCGCUAGCCUGCGCCGCGACCAAGCCUCUUGGUUAGCAGGCUACAUUUGGGGCUAUUUCCAUGCUAGCGUAAGCGUGGGUCAACAUUCGUAAUAUUAUACUGCAACGACAACACUUCCACUAUGGACACUGGGAUCUUUUGCCACAGCAACAUUUUCCAUUCAUGUUGGUUCUGAGGACGAGGUUGUCCACCCCCUGUAAGUUAAGGCGAGAGUGUUCUACCUCCACAGUGAGUCGGUGAACCCCCUGACUCAGAAGUGCCAAGACCAGCAUGCCCCCUCCUCCCCCCCCUCCCCCGGGGCCUCCGCCUCCUCCCGCUCCUCCCACCUUCAGCCAGGCAAACACGACGCCUUCCAAGUUGAAUCGCGAUGGUACCAAGGACAGAGGAGCUCUGCUCUCAGACAUCUGUAAAGGUGCCCGGCUCAAGAAGACAGCCAUCAACGACCGAAGCGCACCGGUCAUAGAGAAAUCAGGAGGUGGAGGUGGAGGAGGAGGAGGUGGUGGUGGAGGAGGAGGAGGAGGAGGAGGAGGAGGAGGAGGAGGUUUUGGAGGAGGAGGACCAAUGCCAAUGGGAGGUCUUUUCCAAGGAGGCGUGCCCAAAUUGCGACCAGUUGGAGACGGAACGGUGGGUCGCUCCGCGCUGCGACCCCCAGCCUCCCGGCCCAGUGCCCCCCGCCCCCCCUCCGGCCGUUCCUCCUCCCCCUCCCCCCCUAUUGAGCACAAGCCUGCCCCGCCCGACCACCAGCGCUCCCACCGCCCCUCCCUCCCGGACCUCUCCCGCCCCCCUAGUUCCUCCUCUGGCUCGUCCCACUCCUCCGGGGGCGGCAUGAAGAACAGCACCUCGGCCCCGCCGCCUCCGCCGCCCUUCAACCGCGGCGGGGGUGGCGGGCGCUCCAACCCUCCCCCGGAGAGGACCCAGAAGGCCCCCGCCCUCCCGUCCUCCCACCACAGCCGAGAGAAACCCCUCCCCCCCACGCCUGGCCGAGGCCCCUCCUACAGCCCCUCGGUCCCGCCCCCUUCCAUGAAGCCACCUUCCUCCUCCUCCUCCUCCAGCAGACCCUCCCCCACGGGGGGCUCCUCGGCGCCUCCCCCUCCUCCCCCCUACCGCCAUCCCCCGGGGGGAGGGUCCAACGGGCCGAGCUACGUGGACGGGGCUCCGGAGCUGCCCCAGCGCCAGAACUCCCUGCACAAGAAGACCCCCAACAGCGGAGGCUCGCACGGACGCACCCACGCCCCCCCGCCUCCACCCUCGCCCUCCCCCGGCCCGCAGGGUGGCAGACCCCCUCCGCCCGCCAGGGAGCCACCGGGCCGCAGAACAGCUCCUCAGGCUCCCCAUCCAGGCACCCGCAACGGCGGCGGUCGGGACGCCCCGCCCCCUCCACCUCCCUAUCGCGGCCACAGCUCAGGUUCCUCCGAGCCUCACAGCAGGGGGGGUAGCAAACCUCCUCCUCCACCCUCCCUCUCCUCCUCCUCCCUCUCCUCCCUCUCCUCCUCCCGCACCCCGGCCGUUCCUCCCCCGCCGCCGCCUCCCCUCCGCAACGGCCACUCCAGCUCCUCCUCCAAGUCCAUCGUAGAUGACUUUGAAUCCAAGUUUAACUUCCAUCCUGUUGAAGACCUCCCCCCACCAGAGGAGUACCGGCCCUUCAGCAGGGUGUACCCCAGCAAGGGCACCAAGGGUAUGAUGCGAGGAGCCCCCCCAGCGCCCCCUGUAGGGAGGUGAGCGCAUGGCAUCCUCUGCUCCACCACACCAGGACUCAACUCACUUUGACCAAUCACAGGACAUAUGGGGGUGGGGGGUGGUUUAAGUGUGUAGACACGCACACUUAGCACACAACACUAAAGACACACUUAACACUAAAGACACACCAACACACAUUUGACACACCAACACUAAAGACGCACAUCAACACUUGAGACAAACACACUAAACACAAAAGACUAAAGAGCCACACACUAAGGUUAUGGGACAGCAAGACACUAAAGACACGCUGCAGAGCUACACUGAACACCAGCUGGAGGCAUGCAUGGGUUUGAGGAAACGUCUCCUGAAUGCCGCGGACUAUCGUCUGGGUGCUGACCCGCUGCACUGUGACCAUGUGACCCGGGUCGUCACGCCACACUGACACUGAGGACCUACAUCGGAAGAAGAAAAACAGAAAAAAAGUAAACCCAAUGCAUUCCCUUCUGUUCCUCUCUCCUUGCGACUCAUUCCAUGAAAAUGUUCUGAUUAUGUUUUGUAUACUGCGUUCCCUUCAGCCCUCCAGGGUACUAUUAUCUUAGCUGAGUGAUGCUUCGACCCUCCUGGGCCGCCACCAGUGGCUGGGAGCACCAUUGAGGAUUUAUUAUUUCCUUUUUGUUCUUUUGUUUAGAAUCUAUGAUUGAGUUUGUCUUUGAUAGCCAUUCCAGUAGUGCCAGGGAGGAGGAGGAGGAGGAGGUGAGGAGGGGUGGAGGGGUUGUGACCAAGCAACCAAGUGCCAAACGUGUGCAUAGUGAGCCAAGCAUGUCCGUUGACGACAUGUAUGUAAAAUCCUCUAUCAGACUAGCAUUAUGUAGAAUACCUGCAUGCUUCAAGAAAUUCCCAAUAUAUUACUAUCUAUGUAAAUGCAUCAUCACACACACACAAUAAUAUAUAUAUAU